GAAAAUCUCAUUACAUACAUCUUUGUCCAUUUCCCAGUGGAAGAUCAACUUGAGGACACAACACAACAACCACUACAAUGAGGAGAGAGAUGUCUCUACUGCAUCAUGUAGAAUGGACUCAAUGGACUCCAUCUCUGUUGGGUAGUCUGCUAACUGCAUGCACGAGGCAACGAUCAAUGAAUGUUGGGCGUUCAAUCCAUGCCUACUUACUCAAACGACGAGGUUGGUGGAGUUGGGACUUGUACGUGCAUAACCACCUCUUGAAUCUCUACGUGAAACUUCACAAGUUGGAGUGGGCGCAACGCUUGUUUGACAUAAUGCCCAACAAGAACACUGUAUCUUGGACGGUGCUCGUAUCAGGAUACGAUCAGUGCAGGAGAGCCCACACUGCCCUUCACAUUUUCUCUUUGAUGUUGUCUCAAGACCCAGCUUCUCCUCCUAAUCAUUUCACUUUUGCUAGUGCCCUCAGUGCUUGUACCAAGCAAGAAUGUCUAUCAUUGGGAAUGCAACUCCACUCCCAUGUGUUUCAGAGAGGCUUCAUUGCCUAUGUUAUGGUCUCUAAUGUUCUCAUCUCUCUCUACAUGGCUUGUAGGCAGGUUGUUGAAGCUGAGCUGGUUUUUCAUGAAAUUAUUGAACCUGAUCAAGUCUCUUGGAACUCGCUUGUCUCUGGUUUAUCACAAAACUGCCUCUCCCAUGUUGCGCUUGACAAGUUCCAGAUGAUGAGAGAAUCGAGUGUGGGAGUAACUUGUUUUGCUCUUUCCGCCGCCAUUGCUGCCUGCUUGGACGAUGAGGCAGACCUGAAGAGACUCCAUGGACUCGCAAUUAAGACAAGCCUGAAUUUGGACAAUUACAUAGGCUGUGCAAUGAUAAGAAUAUACUCAAAGUUCAACAACAUGGAAGAUGCCAUGAAGAUUUUUGCAGGUUUGCAUUUAAAAGACAUUGCUUCUUGGAACUCCUUGAUUGAGGGGUAUGCAGAAUGUGAUCAGGGAGAACAGGGUUUGCAGGUUUUUACUGCUUUCCUGGAAUCUGGACUAGAACCAGAUGAUAUCACCAUCACCUCAAUUCUAGGCAUUUGCGCCAACCUGGUCAUGCUCAACUUUGGCAGGCAAGUUCACUUGUUAAGCGUCAAAACUGGUAUCGAGGGCAGAAUCCGAGUAGAGAACUCCAUAAUCCAUAUGUACUCCAAGUGUGGAAGUAUAGAAGAUGGGAUUAAGUUUUUUAAUCUCAUGAAACAGAGAAACCUUGUGUCGUGGACAACGAUGAUGGGAGGAUUGGCCGAGCAUGGAAGAGCAGAGGAGGUUAUCCAACUUUUCCAAGAGAUGAAUAGAGAAGGUCUGAAACCUAACAAAGUAACUUACAACUGUGUUCUAUCUGCAUGCAGCCAUGCAGGGCUUGUGGAUCUUGGGCAAAGCCUAUUUGAGUCGAUGGAAAUUGAGCCUGACAUGGACCAUUUCAUAUGCAUGGUGCGCAUGUUAGCUGGAGGAGGAAGGUUUAAAGAGGCUGAGGAGUUCAUCCAAAGAUCCUCAAUAGAGCACAGGAAGCCAUUAUGGCUAACUUUUCUAGUUGCAUGUAAUAAUCUUGGAGAGUGGGUGCGAGGAGCCAAUGUUGCAACUAAGAUGAUGACAGUUGGUUUACCUAGUGAGCCACUUGUUCUAGUGCUAUUUUCAAACAUAUUUGCCGCUGCUGGGAGGUGGGAGGAGGUUAGCAAGCUGAGGGAAGCGAUGCGGAUCAAAGGGUUGAAGAAGGAACCUGGUUGCAGUUGGCUUGAAAAAGGCUGAGGUUUGAAUUUAUACCCUAUGUAAAUUAGUACCACAGCAUUAAUAUUGUAAACUUUUGUUCUUUUAACAAAUCAUCAUUAAAAAAUGUAAUAUCGCCCUGGCCAGUAUCUAAAACAACAAAACACAGAAGUCCUAGGUUUAUGGUGUAUCUCAAAAACUACUGCCAAUGGCUUA